CUGUCGCCUGUGGAUAGUAUUAUUCACGAACUUCCCAUGAAAAUCGUAACAAAAACAACCGUAAGGGGACUCAAUAAGUGGAACUAAUAUUUAUAACCCUGUCUAUCAGUUAUAAAUUAGAAAUCAAAACUUUUAUUUAGACUUUGUCAAGAUGUUGAAGGCGGUGGUUUUUUGUUUUCUGUCGUUUGUUUUUAUUCAGCCGUCGUCUGCUGAUAUAUAUUUUCAUAAUCCAAGAGGUGGCAAUAACAGAUUAGAUGAAACUUCUAGAGAUAGAAAUAAUGCAAACCGACUAUUUGAUUCUCAGAACAAUGCUCGCGGUGGUUACAAUGUCGGUAAUUUAUUUUAUUAUGCUGGUUCAAAGUUACAAAUAGAAUGGACAAAUCAACAUUCGUGUGGAGCUCAAAAUGCUAAUUGUGAAAUAGUUCUUCAGUAUAUGUGUGGUGACAAAGUUCGCGAUGGUGCAAUUAGAAAUACUAUACCUGAGAAUUUAAUACAAUGUAUAGAUUAUAACUGUGAUAAUGAUAUAAAGUUUGGUAUGCAUGAAGGUUAUGCUUAUUGGCUACAGAAUAGUUUAAGAGAAAGAAAUCGAGGUCUCUUUACAGCUGAUCAGAAUCUAAAUGGUGGACGAAAAAGAGCCAGACACACUCGUCAAAAUCCAAAUGGUCAACGACGUGGUUAUGAAUGUGCUGAAGAAAGAGACUACUAUCCUUACUGGCAUCCCAGUCCAUGGAAGGAUAUUGCUGUGAUGACCAAUGAUGUCUCUAGAUGUGAUUACUAUAAAGAACAGAGUGAGAAUGUAAAAGGUCGAUGGUACUGUGAUAUAGAUUUAACUGUUCUUGAAUUAAACAAGAGAAAAGGUCUUGUGGUUCCAAAUAACAAGGAAGAUUGUGAUGCAUUUGUAUGGCCUAGACGUUCAAUAAAUGGAACUAAAGGUGUUUGGAAACAAGCACCAUCUCAUGGUUUACCUGCUCCUGUUUGUCAAGAGACAGAAUAUAGUCGAGAUAAUCACAAUGGUAAUGGGCUACACGGAACACCAAACCUCUUUAACUGGACUCUACCUAACUUUGAAGCCGAAAAAUGUGUGUUGCGAUUCAGGUACAACAUUUCUACAAAUGAUUAUGAUAGUUGGACUACCACAGCAGAACAGAAUGCUGAUCCUGGAAAUCUUGCUGCAGGAACGAAGGUCAAUAUAUAUGAGAAAUAUGGAUUCGCAACUAAAGAGGAAGCAGAUGCACGUGGUUACACUUUUAAAAAUGAUCCAAUUGUAAAAAUAUUUCCUGACCUUAACAUUGAUUUGGCUUUACCUAUUAAUACAGCUCAAUAUGGUCGAACGUUUCAAGACAGAACCUUUACAUUCGACAUUGUGAAACGACCUGCUGAUAUACCCGAUACAGCUACCAUUCACAAUCUGAAUGUACGAGGCAAGAGAGGAAACAUCGUAGAAAAUUACCCGGCAGUGGAAUAUGACUUUGUACCAAAUAAUCUUCGUGUUUCAACUGAGGAUUAUGUUCAUAUACAGUGGACUGGUUCUAAUACUAAUAAUAAUGGAAAUGAUGGACAAGGUCGAGCAGGUACAGAUCGUAAUAAUUUGGUUUUGAUGAGAAAUCAGGUUUAUCCUGAAGGUAAUGGUAUAUAUAACGGACCCGGAAAAGAGUUUGGACAUUUUGGUGUCAACUAUCCUCAGCAUACUAGUAAUUCAACUCUACCUCUUGAUAUCUUGACAAGAUUGGCAUUUUUACAGCCAGGUCAGUAUGGUGGCGAGAUGUCAGAAUUAGAUGAUGCUGGAACCUAUUUUAAUCUUGGUGCUAUCAAGGCACCAGCAUCAGGAACCUAUCACUAUUUGUGCACCAGGAAUAAUAACUUCAGUAACAGAGAUCAAAAGGGAAGAUUAAUUGUCAGUCCUUUCCCAGUUAAUGAAGCUAGUAUUGGACAAAUGGGUGGAACUUUACUAUCAAAGAAAUCUAAAAUAUCAGUAGAAAAGAGAGUGUUUGAUUUACUGCAUCUAUUAAGAACAGAAGAAUGGCCUAUAGAAGAGGGUACUAGACAGAUAAGCUCCAAAAAUAAGGAACUUACUGUGGGUGAUGAGUUUGCUAGUGACUUCCUAGUGAUUUAUCCACAAGAAAAGAUUACUAAACCCGAUAAAACUUUCACAGUACAGAUGGAAGUAGAUGACUCCAAAAAUGAAGUUCAUAUUUAUAGGUCUAAUUCAGAUAAUUUUGCAGCAUGGACAAAGGUUCCUGCUGAAAUAAAAGAUGGAAAAGCAGUAUUCAGUGUUCAAGAGGGAGGAGUUUACGUUGCUAGAAGCAAUCGUAAUGUGGGGUUAAUCGUGGGUUUGACAAUAUUUUCUAUUGUACUUGUGAUCAUAAUUGUAGGUGCCAUUGUUUAUUUCAGGAAACACCCGCAAAAAUGGCAGAAAAUAAUAUCUAAUAUUCAUAAAACUGAACGCUCAAUGAAAAGUAAAGUUUAAAUGGUAAAUUCUCAAAUUCUUGAUCAUUCUUGUUUCAAAACCCGGUGUUCGGUACUUCAUGGAAUUGUUCAAAUAAAAGGUCCAAUCUAUUUCAAUACUUUCAAAAAUGCUCUAUUUUUAUUAACAAAUGUGGGAAAUAUGAGAUUAUUCUGAUGUUGUUUAUUAACAUAUCCUGUCAAUAUUUGCUGUUUUUAACUAACAUUGAUCUUCUCAAAUUAUUAAUUACUUGUUUUGUUGUCUUAUUGUUCUCCUGCAUUAUUGAAUUUUAUGGUAUCUGUUUCUACAUUAACAAUAAAGAAUCCUGCUAGAUCUGUCAAUAGAUGGUUAAUAGCUAUUGUUUGUACACAUAUUUCAGGUUGCCAUAGAUUUCUAUUUGUAUUUUCAUCUGUUUUAGAUACCAAAUAGAAUAAAAGUUACGGUAUUCACAAUAAUUUAGUGCCAAAUAUAUUUUGAGGAUUGUUUCAUUUUAAUUUGUACAUAUAGCUUAGAUUUGUCAAAUAUAAUCGAAUUGUGUUUAAAACUGUGAAAUAUGGCAGGCCUUACAUAUAGAAAUAGGAUGAAUAAACAUCAAUCAGUCAAUAUUAAAAUCUAUUCAAUAGCAAAAUACAUCUAUGUUUAUGUCCUUUGGCAAUCAAAUACACAUUGCGGAGGUUCUGUUUAAAUUAUGUAUUCCAGGUCAGUUUUAGAAGCCAGUCAUGAUUGCUUGAUAAAAAAUGAAAGAAAUGUCUCUGGACCCAUCAGUCAAUAUACAUGCUGUAAAACUAGCAUAUAUUUCAAAACCCCAUUUUCAAACAAGGCUACAAUCAACCUCUGCCUUGUAACUAUAAAAUUUUAUGGCCCAUACAGAAUAUUGAACAGUUAAGUUCUAGCUUAAAAAUUUACCAUGUGUGUAUAUAAUAUGAAUAAUCGAAAUCAACUCCAAUACUACAUCAAAUGUAGUUUACAUCUGAAAAGAUAAUGUUACCAAUUUUAGAUAUUAAUACUUACAAAAAAGUAUGAAAAAAACCCAAUAGAAUACAUGUUUGUCAAGGAAUUUAUAAUAUAAAAUUCCUCUGUUAAUAUUCAGAUAAUUUGUUAUGUUUAGUUCUCCAUUUGAAAACAUAUCAUAGCAUAAUAUUCUUCUUCUUGUAUUUUUUGUAUUGUUCAGUAUGUCCCUUUUUAUGUGUAUUCUUGGGUUUCUUACACGUUUUUUGUACACUUUAAUAAUAGACAUGUUAUUCUGUGUUUAAUGUUUACCAGAUUUGUUCAUGUUGAUAUGUUUCUGUUUUCUCUUUCCAAUUGUUUAAAAAAACAAUCAUGUUUUGUAAAUGUUAGUGAACACAUCUUGCUGGUUAAUAAUCUAACUAAUUUUGCUAUGAACUGGGACCCAUCAAAGAAAUGAAAAAAAAAAGACUAAUUUUGGUUUAAAAUUCAACUAUAUCUAUAUGAAACGUUUUUAGAAAUUCAGAUUUAGACCAACUGAUGUGUUCACUACUGGUGUUUUUAAUAUGUUAAUGUUUUAUAUGUGUUAUAAUUAUGUGAACUUAAGGUGAUUGUGUUCUUCUUGGUUGAUUCUUGGUUAAACGCUUUUGAUAAAAUUGUAAAAUAAAAUUUUAUAUUUUUAUAAAACAGCCAGCUGGUCUGGAAACAGUUUUAGUUGAAAAAAUAUCAUAAAUCUGCAUUAUUCUUGCUUUUAAAUUGACACUAAGUGUCUUGAAGAAUUUGAUUGACAGUUUGUCAAUAUUAUUUUUACCAAUAUUUUACAAUAAUAUAGGUAAUCAAAUUUAUAUGGACUAGUUUUUAAUUGCAUAAAUUAUUGAAUAUACUGAAACAGUGCUUAUUCAUUGUAAUAUUAGCUUGUAUGAUACUGUUCCCUCAAUUGGGGCCUAAAUUAUGUUGUGGAUAAAUAAAAAAUUUUACAAGAAAGAGAUAACAAUAUGUACAUUGAUAGUGUACUAAAAAUAAUAAAUUUAACUACCAGUAUUCAUUAAAUUAUGUUUGGUAUUUGAAUGAACAAUAAGUCCCCAAACUAAUUAUAAUUUCACAGAACAUUUGUUCUAUUUAGCCAUGUAUUAUUUUAACAGCUUAAAGUCUGCACCAUUCAUUAAGAGGCAUUAAAAGUUUGCCAGUCUUCUUGGUUGGCAAAAAAUAACAUUCCAUUUGAUAUAAUUUUACUAUUCAGUUAUAUCGAGCAUGUUCGUGGCUCAGGUUCAGUCCGACGUUUUCAAUUUCAUGUUACGACUCACGCUAUGUGGUGGUUUUUAAAGAGUUCAAUGAACACUCAUCAAAGAGACCAUAGUGCCUGGAUUAUUUUUCUUUGUUGAAAAGGAUAAUGCAGUGUUUAAGAUACAUGACAUUCUUGUUCUCCAAACAUUGCAAAAAUAUGUUACGCAUUCUUCAUUCUAUUUUUUCAGCUUAUAAUAAAUAAUGAUUUUCAUUUUAUUAUUUGUCUAAACAUAUUUGCAGAUGUCAUCACUUUUCAAGAUGGAUUCACAGUAUACUGAAAGAAUAAUUGCAUAAGAUAUAUUGCAAUGAAUUUCAAUAUUUUCAUUUUUUU